AUGCAGCCUCAGCCGCAGCAGCAGGGUGUAGGAGGAGACUGGCAACCAGGGACAACCCAUCGUGCUAUACCACAUCCGUCAAUCGCGGCGAGGAUGCAUCCUCAGGAGUUGGCGUUGAUGCAGCAGCUAGUAAGGCUUCAACAGGAGAACGCAGCCCUGAGAGGCUACGCAGAGAGAGUAACCAAGGAGCUUAGAAGCGCUCGCCUGUCGCAAGCUGUGGCAGCUGCAGCCGCUUCAGCAGGCGGUGACGCCCCUCUCCGAGCUCCUGCACUGGCAGCAGAGCUCCAACACCAGGCAGAAGCGCUGCCAUUGCCUCCCUGGUGUCUCAACAUGCAGCUUGUUAGCCCACUUCUUGCUGCGUACGAUGAACGAAUACUGGAACUUCAAGAGGAAGCGAAGGAAAAGGAAAGGGUAAUUGAGGGGUUCAGUGCAAAAGUGGCAGGAGUAACGAGAGAAAACGAACAGCUAGCAGAAGAGCUUCGCAGUAAGACAGCCCGCCUUCACCAGCUUUUUGAAGCCGAGGCUGGCGGUGCUCUAGGCGGCAAUGGCGGAGGGAAAACGUACAACUCCCUUCUCCAAGAAAGGAAUGAGCUGGAAGAGCUCUAUACGUUGACGUCUGAGCAAAGCGAGGUGCUUCUAAGCCAAAACCACCUACUUAAAUGCCAUGUACAACAGAGCGAAGCUGCACUGGAGGAUAUGAGAGUGAUGAUGGCGGAGACAGAGAGACGGGCUGCAGCUGUUGCAGCAAAGGAAGAGGCGCUGACAAAGCAGGAGGAUACAGUGGCGAAGCAGGCCUUGCAGUUGCAGGAAGUAGAGGAACAAAAGAACGAGCUGUCCAGGAAACUUGCUCUGGCAGAAAAGGAGACGGAAAGGCUUUCUGUAUCACUGGCAGAUGCGGUGAAACAACAGGAAGUCCUGCAAAGGGAGCUGCAUAGAGAACGCACUGGAGCUGAGACAGCUGCCUCGUUACAGAAAGAACUUGACGCUUUGAAACAACAAACGGAAGCAGCAGUCAGGGAAACAGCUGCUGCAAAGGAAGUGGCGGACUAUUUAGAAGAAAGACUGUCGGCUCAAACACGAGAGACCGAGGAAGCACGGAAGCAGGCAGAGAACACCACACAACAACUCCACGCCGCAGUAGUUGAGAAAGAGAAGGCUGUUGCAAGCGCUGCGCUGCUGCAGCACCAUCUAGAUCAGUUAAGGGGGCAGCAUGAGGCGGAGAUACAAAUUUUGCGGACUGCCCAGGGUGACACUUUGGAGAAGAGAGCAUUGCAGGCCGAGGAAGUAGCAGAUAAGCUGCGCCUACAAAUGGAGGCACUGCAACGAGCACAUGGAGAGGCCAUGGUGAAGCUGGAGACUGCAGAAAGAAGAGCCGCUGCAGCAAGCGCAGAUGCUGAACAGGCAAGAAACGAACUCUCGUCGUCGGCGAAGCAUCACCGGACUGUGCAACAGCAUCAGCAACAGGCGCAAGCUGCAGCUGAGGCUGAAGUUGCAAGGUUGAAGGAAUCGUUAAACGCACAAAGUAAGGACGCCGCCUCAAAGGCUGCAGCACUAACAGCUUCCAAAAGGCAGCUGGAGGACAGCCUUGCAGCAGCGGAGACCGGCCGUCUUGCGCUGCAACAGGAACACGCUCUGCUUCAGCAGAAGUGUGAUCAACUCCAGGAGACCUGUAAUACCCAACAGCAGCAGUUAGCUGAUGCAGCAGCAAGGCUAGCAACAACAGAAGCAGAAAGGGAUGCGGCGAAGCGCAGGGCUGACAGAGAAACAGCAGACGCCAAGAGGCGCUUUGAAAGCCUGACUGCUUUGGCAGAAGCAAAGGCGGCACGAAUACAAGAAGCUGCAGACAGGCGGCAGACAGCGGCAGCACAGAGACUAAUGGAGGAACAACAACGCCAAGAACGACUGAGAAGGGAGUCUGAGGACCAAAGGCAGCGCCUCCAGCAGCAACUUGCAAAGGCCGUUGCAGCGAAUGCAGCACUAAGACAGAAAGUAAAUGAACUGCUGAAUGGCCUUGACAAGGCACUUCUUCCAGAGUCACUACUAGAUGAUGAAGUGGAAUCAGAUGGGUCUCCCUAG